AUGAAAUUUCCAAUCCUGCUGAAUGUGAUCGGCCUCUUUGGCCUCACUUCCUUGGCUGCACAUACUUUGAACAUCGUGGCGCAUCCAGACGAUGACCUUCUCUUCCAGAACCCGGAUAUUCUGCACGAUAUCAAUAACGACAUUACGGUUCGCACCGUAUUUAUAACCUCCGGCGAUGCAGGCCAAGACCCCAACUAUUGGACCCAGCGCCAGGCCGGGGCGAUGGCUGCGUAUGCCCAGAUGGCCGGUGUCUCGAGUACCUGGGAUGAAUCAGAUAUCGGCGUCCACGGCAAGGACAUUCCACUCUACACCCUCCGAGAAGCAAGCCAAGUCUCCGUCGCCUUCAUGCAUAUCCCGGACGGCAGUAUCGACGGCAACGGCUUCGCUGGUACGGGAUACCAGACUCUGGAGAAACUCUGGAAGAACCAAAUUAGCCCGAUCAAAACGAUUGACGAUUCCGCCACGACCUAUACGAGACAAGAACUUAUCGACACGCUGACGAAAAUCAUUAACGACUUUAAGCCGACGAAGAUCAACUCCCUCGACUAUCUGCACGAUUUUGGAACCGGCGACCAUAGCGACCAUACGGCAACCGGGCUGUUCACCAACACCGCAACCAUUUCAUCCUCUUUCCCCGGCAGCGUCCUUGCCUAUCGAGGAUAUCCCAUCAAGAACGACCCGGUUAACGUCGGCGGUAACGACCUGGCGCGGAAAAAGGCCGCAUUUUACACCUAUGCUGGAUAUGAUGCGAGCGUGUGUGCCAGCGACCAGGCUUGCGUGAACACCGAAUAUGAACUCUGGCUGCCUCGUCUGUACACCGCAAAUUAA